AUGGACAUGAACAUGGACAUGGACGUGGACGUGAACGUGGACGUGGACGUGGACGUGGACAUGGACGUGGACGUGAACGUGGAUGUGGACGUGGACAUGGACAUGGACGUGGACGUGGACGUGGACAUGGUCGUGGACAUGGACGUGAACGUGGACAUAGACCUGGACGUGGACAUGGACGUGGACGAGGUCGUGGACUUGGACGUGGACGUGGACGUGGACAUGGUCGUGGACGUGGACGUGGACGUGGACAUGGACGUGGACGUGGACGUGGACGUGGACAUGGACGUGGACGUGGACGUGGACGUGGACGUGGACAUGGUCGUGGACGUGGACAUGGACGUGGACGUGGACAUGGACGUGGACGUGGACGUGGACGUGGACAUGGACGUGGACAUGGACGUGACGUGGACGUGGACAUGGACACAUGGACAUGGACGUGGACGUGACGUGGACGUGGACGUCGACGUGGACGUGGACGUGGACAUGGACGUGGACGUGGACAUGGACGUGGACAUGGAUGUGGGAAGGGGAUGGGGGGAAGUAGGGAAGGGGAUGGGGGGGAACAGGGAAGGGGAUGGGGGGAAGCAGGGCAGGGGAUACGGGGUAAGAGGGGAUAGGAUAGGGGGAAGCACGGCUAGGGAUACGGGGAAGCAGGGAAGAGGAUGGGGGGAACGUGGGCAGAUGCCGGGGAGAGAGCUGGGGGGAGGAUGGUGGGGAGCAGAGAGGGAAUCAAAACGCUAUGGGGAGAGGGAAAGAGCGGAUGGAAACGCGGAGGAGGACAUGGACGUGGACAUGGACGUGGACGUGGACGUGGACGUGGACAUGGACGUGGACAUGGACGUGGACGUGGACGUGGACAUGGACGUAGACGUGGACGUGGACAUGGACGUGGAUGUAGACGUGGACGUGGACAUGGACGUGGACGUGGACGUGGACGUGGACGUGGACAUGGACGUGGACGUGGACGUGGUUGUGGACGUGGACGUGAACGUAGACGUGGACGUGGACGUGGACGUAGACAUGGACGUAGACGUGGACGUGGACGUUGACGUGGACAUGGACGUGGACGUGGACGUGGACGUGGACGUGGAGGAAUUGGACGUGGACAUGGACGUGGACGUGGACAUGGACGUGGAAGUGGACGUGGACGUGGACGUGGAGAACUUGGACGUGGACAUGGACGUGAACGUGGACGUGGACAUGGACGUGGAGGACUUGGACGUGGACAUGGACGUGGACGUGGACGUGGACAUGGACGUGGGCGUGGACAUGGAGGUGGACGUGGACGUGGACGUGGACAUGGACGUGGACGUGGACGUGGACGUGGACAUGGUCGUGGACAUGGACAUGAGCAUGGACAUGGACGUGGACGUGGACGUGGUCGUGGACGUGAACGUGGACGUGAACGUGGACGUGGUCGUGGACGUGGACGUGGACGUGGACCUGGACGUGGACGUGGACGUGGACGUGGAGGUGGACAUGGACGUGGACGUGGACGUGGACGUGGACGCGGACGUUGACGUGGACGCGGACAUGGAUGUGGACAUGGACAUGGACGUGGACGUGGACGUGGAUGUGGACGUGGACGUGGACGUGGACGCGGACAUGGAUGUGGACGUGGACAUGGACGUGGACGUGGACGUGGACGUGGACGUGGACGUGGACGUAGACGUGGACGUGGACGUGGACGUGGACAUGGACAUGGACGUGGACGUGGACGUGGAUGUAGACGUGGACGUGGACGUGGACGUGGAAGUGGACGUGGACGUCGACGUGGACGUGGACGUGGAGGACUUGGACGUGGAUGUGGACGUGGAUGUGGACGUGGACGUGGACGACUUGGACGUGGACAUGGACGUGAACAUAGACGUGGACAUAGACGUGGACGUGGACGUAGACAUGGACGUAGACGUGGACGUGGACGUAGACGUGGACAUGGACGUGGACGUAGACGUGGACGUGGACGUAGACGUGGACGUGGACGUGGACGUGGUCGUGGACUUGGACGUGGACGUGGACGUGGACAUGAAGGUGGACGUGGACGUGGACAUGGACGUGGACGUGGAUGUGGACGUGGACAUGGACGUGGACGUGGACGUGGACGUGGACAUGGACGUGGACGUGGACAUGGUCCUGGACGUGGACAUGGACGUGGACGUGGACAUGGACGUGGACGUGGACGUGGACGUGGACAUGGUCCUGGACGUGGACAUGGACGUGGACGUGGACAUGGACGUGGACGUGGACGUGGACGUGGACGUGGACAUGGACAUGGACGUGGACACUUGGACGUGGACGUGGACGUGGACAUGGUCGUGGACGUGGACGUGGACGUGGAGGAACAUGGACGUGGACGUGGACGUGGACGUGGACAUGGACGUGGACGUGGACAUGGACGUGGACGUGGACGUGGACGUGGACGAAGACCUGGUCGUGGACGUGGACGUGGACGUGGACAUGGACGUGGACGUGGAUGUGGACUUGGACGUGGACGUGGACGUGGACAUGGACGUGGACGUGAACGUGGACGUGGACGUGGACAUGGACAUGGACGUGGACGUGGACGUGGACAUGGUCGUGGACAUGGACGUGAACGUGGACAUAGACGUGGACGUGGACAUGGACGUGGACGAGGUCGUGGACUUGGACGUGGACGUGGACGUGGACAUGGUCGUGGACGUGGACGUGGACAUGGACGUGGACGUGGACGUGGACGUGGACAUGGACGUGGACGUGGACGUGGACAUGGUCGUGGACGUGGACAUGGACGUGGACGUGGACAUGGAUAUGGACGUGGACGUGGACAUGGACGUGGACGUUGACGAGUUGGACGUGGACAUGGACGUGGACGUGGACAUGGACGUGGAAGUGGACGUGGACGUGGACGUGGAGAACUUGGACGUGGACAUGGACGUGAACGUGGACGUGGACAUGGACGUGGAGGACUUGGACGUGGACAUGGACGUGGACGUGGACGUGGACAUGGACGUGGGCGUGGACAUGGAGGUGGACGUGGACGUGGACGUGGACCUGGACGUGGACGUGGACGUGGACGUGGACGUGGACAUGGUCGUGGACAUGGACAUGAACAUGGACAUGGACGUGGACGUGGACGUGGACGUGGUCGUGGACGUGAACGUGGACGUGGACGUGGACGUGGUCGUGGACGUGGACGUGGACGUGGACGUUGACAUGGACGUGGACGUGGACGUGGACGUGGAGGUGGACAUGGACGUGGACGUGGACGUGGACGUGGACGUGGACGUGGACGUGGUCGUGGACGUGGACAUGGACGUGGACGUGGACGUGGACGUGGACGUGGACGUGGACGUGGACGUGGACGUGGACGUGGACGUGGACCUCGACGUAGACGUGGACGUGGACAUAGACGUGGACAUGGACGUGGACGUGGACGUGGACGUGGACUGGGACGUGGACGUGGAGUGGAGUGGACGUGGACAUGGACGUGGACGCGGACGUGGACGUGGACUGGGACGUGGACGUGGAGUGGACGUGGACGUGGACGUGGACGUGGACGUGGACGUGGACCUGGACGUGGACGUGGACGUGGACGUGGACGUGGACUGGACGUGGACGUGGACAUUGACGUGGACGUGGACGUGGACGUGGACGUGGACAUGGACGUGGACGUGGACGUGGACGUGGACGUGGACGUGGUCGUGGACGUGGACAUGGACGUGGACGUGGACGUGGACACGUGGACGUGGACGUGGACGUGGACGUGGACGUGGACAUGGACGUGGACGUGGACGUGGACUGGGACGUGGACGUGGACGUGGAGUGGACGUGGACGUGGACGUGGACGUGGACGUGGACGUGGACGUGGACGUGGACGUGGACCUGGACGUGGACGUGGACGUGGACGUGGACGUGGACGUUGACGUGGACGUUGACGUGGACGUGGACGUGGACGUGGACGUGGACGUGGACCUGGACGUGGACGUGACGUGGACGUGGACGUGGACACGUGGACGUGACGUGGACGUGGACGUGGACCUGGACGUGGACGUGGACGUGGACGUGGACGUAGACGUGGACGUGGACGUGGACGUGGACGUGGACGUGGACAUCGACAUGGACGUGGACGUGGACGUGGACGUGGACUGGGACGUGGACGUGGACGUGGAGUGGACGUGGACGUGGACGUGGACGUGGAUGUGGACGUGGACGUGGACGUGGACGUGGACGUGGACGUGGACGUGGACGUGGACGUUGACGUGGACGUUGACGUGGACGUGGACGUGGACGUGGACGUGGACGUGGACGUGGACUGGACCUGGACGUGGACCUGGUCGUGGACCUGGAUGUGGACCUGGACGUGGACGUGGACGUGGACGUGGACGUGGACGUGGACGUGGACGUGGAGGUGGACGUGGACGUGGACGUGGAGGUGGACGUGGACGUGGACGUGGACGUGGAGGUGGACGUGGAGGACGUGGACGUAGACUUGGACGUGGACAUGGACGUGAACGUGGACGUGGACGUGGACCUGGACGUGGACGUGGACGUGGAUGUGGACGUCGACGUGGACGUGGACGUGGACAUGGACGUGGAGGUAGACGUGGAGUGGACGUGGACGUGGACGUGGACAUGGACGUGGACGUGGACGUGGACGUGGACGUGGACGUGGACGUGGACAUGGACGUGGACGUGGACGUGGACGUGGACAUGGACGUAGACGUGGACGUGGACGUGGACGUGGACGUGGACGUGGACGUGGACGUGGAGGACGUGGACGUGGACGUGGACGUGGACGUGGACGUGGAGAACUUGGACGUGGACAUGGACGUGAACGUGAACGUGAACGUGGACGUGGACGUGGACGUGGACGUGGACAUGGACGUGGACGUGGACGUGGGCAUGGACGUGGACGUCGACGUAGACGUAGACGUGGACGUGGACGUGGACGUGGACGUGGACGUGGAGGACGUGGACGUGGACGUUGACGUGGACGUGGACGUGGACGUGGAGAACUUGGACGUGGACAUGGACGUGAACGUGGACGUGGACGUGGACGUGGAGGACUUGGACGUGGACAUCGACGUGGACGUGGAGUGGACGUGGACGUGGACGUUGACGUGGACGUGGACGUGGACGUGGACAUGGACGUGGACGUGGACGUGGACGUGGACGUGGACGUGGACGACGUGGACGUGGACGUGUACGUGGACGUGGACGUGGACAUGGACGUGGACAUGGACGUGGACGUCGACGUGGACAUGGACGUGGACAUGGACGUGGACGUGGACGUGGAGUGAACGUGGAGUGGACGUGGACGUGGACAUGGACGUGGACGUGGACGUGGACGUGCACGUGCACGUGGACGUGGACGUGGACGUGGACGUGGAUGUGGACGUGGAGGACGUGGACGUGGACGUGGACGUGGACGUGGAGAACUUGGACGUGGACAUGGACGUGAACGUGGACGUGGACGUGGACGUGGAGGACUUGGAUGUGGACAUGGACGUGGACGUGGACGUGGACAUGGACGUGGACGUGGAUGUGGACGUGGACGCGGACGUGGACGUGGACGUGGACGUGGACGUGGACGUGGACCUGGACAUAGACGUGGACGUGGACGUGGACGUGGACAUGGACGUGGACGUGGUCGUGGACGUGGACGUGGACGUGGACAUGGACGUGGACGUGAACAAGACGUGGACGUGA